CUUCUAAAUAAUUUAAAUGUCCGAGUCGUCUCUCGUUACUCCUCUAAAUUUGAUGAAUUCUUCUGAACUUAUCACCUUUAUGUAUUUUAUGAGUAAGGCGCAGAUCUAUAGCCCCUGUUUGGACUGACCGACAUAUCGUCUAGCUAUUACCCCUACCAAUUGCUUAUUCUUCCAAAUCUAAUUACAAAACAAUUUCCUUCAAUCCAUUCGACGCAUGUUCCAUCGUCAAUUGAACCACAGGGCAAGAUCAGUAUCCAUAACACGAUGACCGAAGAACACCCCCAAGAUAGGGUAUACCAGGCUUCGCUACAAGAUCCGGAAGCAUUCUGGACCGCGCAGGCAGAACAUGUAUUCUGGCAUAAGAAGCCAUCUAAAGCCCUCCAGAAAACAACCAAGAAGCUGAACGGCGGCGUCGAACACGAACACUGGAGUUGGUAUCCAGAUGGCGAGAUCUCUACUACAUACAAUUGUGUCGACCGCCAUGUUCUCAGUGGCAACGGUGACAACGUAGCGAUAUGCUGGGACAGUCCUGUCACAGGUGCUAAAGAACAAUACACCUACAGGCAGUUGCUCGAAGAGGUGGAGAUAUUGGCGGGUGUUCUAAGAGAAGAAGGCGUGAAAAAAGGUGAUGUGGUGUUAAUCUAUAUGCCAAUGAUCCCGGCCGCAUUGUUUGGAAUGUUAGCCAGUGCACGUAUUGGAGCCAUACACACAGUCGUCUUUGGCGGCUUUUCACCCACUUCUCUCGCUCAGCGAAUGGAGGUAUCUCGACCGACAGCGGUGCUGACUGCGUCGUGUGGGAUUGAAGGGAGUAAGGGCCCGAUCGGGUACAAGAGCUUGCUCGAGGAAGCGAUCACAAAGAGUAGCUUUAAACCUCCGAAAACCAUCAUCUGGCAGCGGGAACAGUUUCGGUGGGACCCGGUCGUCAAAGAGGAAGGCCAGCGCAACUGGCAGAGGCUAGUGAAGAGCGCAAGAAAUCGUGGGCUGAAGGCAGGUUCGGUACCCGUCAAUAGCUCAGACGGGCUUUACAUAAUAUAUACGAGCGGAACGACCGGUUUGCCGAAAGGUGUAGUACGCGAAGCUGGAGGACAUGCCGUAGGGCUUCAGCUCUCUAUGAAAUACCUAUUCGGAGUUCACGGACCCGGAGACGUCAUGUUCACAGCAUCUGACAUCGGAUGGGUGGUUGGACAUUCCUAUAUUGUAUAUGCUCCAUUGCUCGCUGGAGCUACGACGAUCCUGUUCGAGGGUAAACCGGUAGGGACGCCUGAUGCCAGCACUUUUUGGCGGAUAGUCGAGGAGUACAAAGUUACAACGAUGUUCACAGCACCUACUGCGCUGCGUGCUAUCCGAAGGGAAGACGGCGACAAUGAUUACUUUGAACGGACGUUUGGGAGCCGUGGAGGGCUUCGAUCCCUACGCGCCUUAUUCCUCGCUGGGGAGCGUAGUGAGCCUAGCAUCGUGCAGAUGUACCAGAAAUUGCUCAGUGAACAUUGUGCCGAAGGCGCUGUAGUAGUUGACAAUUGGUGGUCUUCGGAAUCCGGGAGUCCUAUAUCAGGCAUAGCCCUCAGCGCUUCAGCUGGCGAGGACUUUGCAAGUCCACACCGCAACCGUCCGCUAGCGAUUAAACCUGGAUCAGCAGGCAAACCGAUGCCCGGAUUCGACGUCAGAGUUGUCGACGAUAGCGGGAACGAAGUAGAGCGUGGGUCAAUGGGAAACAUAGUCAUGGCAAUCCCCCUUGCACCCACGGCUUUCACGACCCUUUGGCAAGACGAAGAGAGAUUUUACAAAGGUUAUCUCAAAAGGUUUGAUGGGAGAUGGCUUGACACGGGCGAUGCUGGACUCAUUGACAACGAUGGCUACAUAUCGAUCAUGUCUAGGUCUGACGACAUCAUCAACGUGGCUGCACAUCGAUUCAGUACUGGGGCCAUCGAGCAAGCAAUAACGUCCCAUCCGGAUAUUGCAGAAGCAGCCGUCGUGGGGAUACCGGAUCAGCUCAAAGGUCACCUGCCUUUCGCCUUUAUCACAUUGUCUACACACCACCAUCCCCAUGCCGCAGUCCCUGAAGAGGAACUGUUCAGGGAGGUACAGAAGCAUGUGCGGGAACAGAUAGGAGCGAUUGCAAGUCUAGGGGGUAUCAUCCAGGGCAAAGGCAUGAUUCCUAAGACGAGAAGCGGCAAGACGCUUCGUCGUGUCUUGCGGGAGUUGGUUGAGAACGCCACGCACGGAGAGUUCGACAAGGAGGUGCAGGCACCGACAACAAUAGAAGAUGCAGAAGCUAUAGGGGUGGCCAAAGAGAAGGUUAAGGAGUAUUUCAGGAUCAGGGGAGCGUCUCUUCACAAGGCGACAGAGACCAAGGCGAAAUUGUAGGUAUGGGACGAAUAGCCAGCGUGACCACUAGACAUAUGUAUGUAUCCUGGUAGCUUGACGUAGCAAUGCGAAGCUG